AUGGGCCAAAAGUUUCACGCUUUGAUGUUGCCUUUUUUCGCCUUUGGUCAUAUGACUCCGUACUUGCAUCUAGCCAACAAGUUUGCUGAGAAAGGUCAUAGGGUUACUUUCUUGCUGCCCAAGAAAGCUCAGGAAAAGUUGGAACAUCUCAAUCUGUUCCCUGACAGCAUCAUCUUUCACCCUAUCAUUGUUCCUCAUGUUGAUGGUCUCCCUGCUGGCACCGACAUCGUGACGGAUAUUCCCGUCACGUUGUGGAAGUUCUUCACCGAAGCCUUUGAUCUGACACGCGAACAGGUAGAAGCCGCAGUUCGUGCCUUGAAACCGGACCUGAUCUUGUUCGAUCUAGCUUACUGGAUUCCGGAAGUUGCAAAAGAGCAUGGAGUCAAGAAUAUGAUGUACAACAUUGUAUCAGCCAACACCAUAGCUCACGACCUUGUCCCUGGUGCUGAGCUCGGAGUUCCUCCACCUGGUUAUCCUUCGUCAAAGGUCUUGUACCGCGCACAUGAUGCUCACGCCUUGUUGUCCUUCUCCGUCUACUACAAGGCUGUUUGUUUUCGGGUCACGACAGCCAUUACGAAUUGCGAUUUCAUUGCGAAUAGGACAUGCGAAGAAAUCGAAGGUAAAUUCUGCGACUAUAUAGGGAGUCAAUACCAGAAGAAGGUUCUCUUGACAGGGCCAAUGUUUCCGGAGCCUGACAAGAGUAAACCACUUGAAGAUAAAUGGAAUCAUUGGCUGAGCGGGUUUGGACCAGGCUCUGUAGUGUACUGUGCAUUGGGAAGCCAAAUCACUCUGGAGAAAGACCAGUUCCAAGAGCUUUGUUUAGGAAUGGAGCUCACUGGUCUACCAUUUUUCGUAGCAGUCACGCCACCAAAAGGCACAAAGACGAUUCAAGAAGCGUUACCAGAAGGGUUCGAGGAGCGGGUGAAGGGACGUUACCAGAAGGGUUCUCAACACGAGAUUGCUGACCGAGGAACUCGAGGUUCCGUAGAGGUGGAAAGAGAAGAAACAGGAUGGUUCUCGAAGGAGAGCUUGAGUGUUGCUAUCACUUCUGUGAUGGACAAAGAUAGCGAGAUUGGGAAUCUGUGA